GGCAGCACCAAGAUCACCACUUGAAACAUUACUGAAACAUAAAUGCCUUUGUCCUUUUGCAUGGUAGUACAACAUUUUGAACUAACUCACUUGUCUUCACUCAAACAAUCAUUAAAAAACAUCAUUUUUUGCAGAACUAGUUAUGGGUUUGUCCUUAUUUUUCUUUUUCUGAUUCUCCUUUUUAUAAAUUUACAUUCUUUAUCACUUUCACUAUCUUUUAUUCCUUUUUUCUUCUUCUUGGUUUCUGUAUUUUCUUUCUUUAAAAAUAUCCACUCAAAUAAACAAUCUUUAUUAAUCUCUCUCUCUCUCUCUCUCUCUCUCAAGUACAUUGUUUCAACUUUUUGAGCAAAAUUCUCUUCUUGGUAGUUUCCUUGUGAAAUUUCUAGUGUAUGUUGCCCUAACCCUUGGAAAUCUUUGAGCUUUGAAGGAUAUAUAUUUUUUGGUGUAUAUGAGCUAUCCUCAACAUACACAACUGUAGAGAUUAAUCUCUCGAGUCUGAUAGGAUAACUUUGAGCGGUAGGAUCUAUAUGCAUUAGUCUUUUGACUUCUAAACUUUUUUUUUGGUGUUUUUGUUUUUUGUUUUCUAUUGAAUUUGGUAGUUGAAAACUACUUUGAAUAUUUGAUGCUUACUUCAAUCAUAUUUGGUGCAUAAUGUUCCAAUUUGGCAAUUCAAUGAGGUACUUUCACUUUCAUCUUUUGUUUCUUUCAUGGUUUUUGUUAUUCAUUUCAAAUACUCAUGAGUUAGAACAAGAUCAAAGUCAAACCUUGUUACAAUUAAGAGCUUAUUUAGAAUUCCCUUCUUCAUUACAAAUUAUGGAAAACUACAAUAAUGACCUAUGUUACCUUCCUUCAUCUUCAAAUUUGAGCAUUAAAUGUGAAGAUAAUUCAAUAACUGAGCUCAAAAUUUUUGGUGAAAAAUUUUUGAAACCAUCAAGUUUCAAUGGAUUUGCAAUUCCAAAUCAAACACUAUCCAUGAAUUUCUCAAUUGAUUCAUUUUUCAUCACAUUGACAAAGUUGAAAACCCUAAAGGUUCUUAGUUUGGUUUCAUUAGGAAUUUGGGGGAAACUUCCUAAUAAGAUUCAAUCUCUCACUUUUCUUCAAGUUUUUGAUAUGAGUUCAAAUUUCCUAUUUGGUACCAUUCCACCAAAAAUCUCAACUAUGGUAAAACUUCAAUCACUAACACUUGAUGAAAAUUAUUUUAACACCACUAUGCCUAAUUGGUUUGAUUCUUUGUUUAACUUAAGUAUCUUGAGUUUGAAGAAAAAUCACUUAAAGGGUUCAUUUCCAACUUCACUCUGCAAAAUCAAGACACUUAAAGUUAUUUCCUUGUCACAAAAUGAACUCUCUGGUGGAUUACCUAGUCUCACUACUCUCAAUGGUUUACAUGUUUUGGAUUUGAGAGAAAAUCGUUUCGAAUUUGAACUACCGGUUCUGCCGAAAUUCGUGGUCACGGUUUUGUUAAGCAAUAACUCGUUUUCGGGAGAGAUACCGAAGAAGUUUGGUGAAUUGAAUCAUCUUCAACAUUUAGACCUUUCGUCGAAUCAUCUGAAGGGCACACCGCCUUCAACAUUGUUCUCUUUGUCAAAUUUAAGUUAUUUGAAUCUUGCAAACAAUGUGCUAAGUGGAGAAUUUUCUGAUAAACUUCAUUGUGGUGGAAAACUCGGUUAUGUGGAUAUUUCUAGCAACAAGUUAAGUGGUUUACUUCCUUCUUGUUUGGUGAAUAGUUCUAAUGGUAGAGUUGUUAGAUAUGGUAGAAAUUGUUUAUCUGUUGAUUCUCAGAAUCAGCAGAGAGGGUCUUAUUGUAAGGAAUCGGGUUUAGGAUGGAUGAAAUUGAAGGAAUGGAAAGUGGUUGCAAUCGUUGCUAUCAUUGUUGGAUUUCUUCUUGCGGUUUUGGUGUUUGGAGUUUUUUUAUGUAAAAAAUGUCGUUUGAUGAAGAAAACUAGAAAGGAUGUGUUGCCGAAAAUUGUUCAAGAUAAAUCCAAAACUGGUGUUUCAUCAGAAGUUCUUGCAAAUGCUAGAUUUAUUUCUCAAGCAGUGAAGCUAGGGACACAAACUACUCCGACCUGUAGACAAUUUUCUAUUCAAGAUUUGAAAGAAGUCACCAAAAACUUUAAUUUGUCAACAUGUAUCGGUGAUGGCUCCAUAGGAAAGCUGUAUAAAGGUAAACUAGAGAAUGGAACUUAUGUGGUGAUAAGAUCAUUGGUUCUGUCAAAAAAAUGCUCGAUUCAAAGUCUUAAAGCUAAGUUGGAUUACCUCUCAAAGCUUCAACAUCCAAAUUUGGUUAGCCUUUUGGGUUAUUGUAUUGAUGGUGGCGAACGAGAUGAUUCAAGCAUCCCAAAACUUCAUCUUAUGUAUGAAUAUGUGCCAAAUGGAGAUUAUCAUACUCAUCUAUCAGAAUAUUCUGCAGUGAAAGCACUUAAGUGGCCGGAUAGACUGGCAAUUUUGAUUGGAGUUGCAAAGGCAGUGCAUUUCUUACAUACUGGUGUUAUACCAGGAUGUUUUAGCAACCAACUAAAGACAAAGAGUGUGUUACUUGAUGAACACUGCAUUCCAAAACUAAGUGACUAUGGUAUUUCCAUCAUCAGAGAGGAUAUCGAAAAGUUCGAGACAAAGAGUGAGAAGAAAUCAAAAUCAUGUCCAAAGACAAAGAUGGAUAAUGAUGUUUACAAUUUUGGAUUCAUAUUGUUGGAAUCACUUGUUGGACCCAUUACACGUGACAAAGGUGAAACAUUUUUCAUUAAUGAAAAGGCAUCAUUUGGAAGUCAAGAUGGAAGAAGAAAGAUUGUGGAUCCAAUAGUGUUGACAACUUGCUCUCAAGAAUCAUUAUCAAUUGCAAUAUCUAUAACAACCAAAUGUAUAUCUCAAGACUCUUCAUCUCGUCCUUCUUUUGAAGAUGUUCUAUGGAACUUACAAUAUGCAGCUCAAGUUCAAGCCACAUCAGAUGCAGAUCAAAAAUCAGAUUAAGAUUUAACAUCAUAGGUGCAUAGAAAGAAAUCGGGGAUUUAUUAGUGAAAACACUAUCAAGAUGUUAAUCAUUAUUGUAAAUGUAGUUAGGUAUAGUUGUAAAAAUGUUUGUAUCAUUCUAAUUAUGUAUCUUAUAGAGUUUUGAUAGGAUUGAAAUAGUUAGAAUA